AUCGCUUAAAUGUAAGCGUCGUCGUAUCUUCCAUUCUGCCACGUAUACAUCGCACCAAACGGAAAGGUAUCUGCCUGACGGCCGUAUAAUUUCUCGUUCUAUAUACCCUCAACAAUUGUGUGGAAUUUUGAACAAGAGUGAGUCACUCAAACGAAUCAUGCUACGCGGAGGGAUACGUAGCAUAGCAUGAGCAGUAACAACAAGAAGCCAUCAGGAGGCAAGGACGACAAGAAGAAUCCUUCCAGCAAAGAGGACAGCCCGUCGGGUGGUAAGGACGAUGGUGGUUCAGCCUCGACGGGAAGCAAUGGCGGUGCGACUGCAGGAGAACCGUCGCAGCCCGGAAGUAAGCCCAGCUCCGCCGGAGCGACCGCCAGAGAAGGGGCCCAAAGGCUUCUGGGCCUGGCGGCACGCGGAGAAUGGGCCCCUGUGGAUCAGUUGCUCAAAACUCUGGAGAAGACGGUGCAGAGCGCGGGAGAAGAUGGCUUCAUCGUGCCGCUCGCCGGUGUUUUGGACACGACGACGGGGAUGACGCCGUUAAUGUACGCAGUGAAGGACAAUCGCAGCGCGUUGCUUGAUCGGAUGAUCGAGCUCGGAUCCGACGUGGGCGCCAGAAACAAUGAUAAUUACAAUGCUCUCCAUAUCGCUGCUAUGUAUUCGAGAGAAGAUGUCGUUAAAUUAUUGCUGUCCAAGAGAGGUGUUGAUCCUUAUGCCACAGGAGGGCCAAGACAACAAACGGCGGUUCAUCUGGUAGCAUCAAGACAAACGGGCACCGCUACGUCAAUCCUACGAGCUCUCUUGGGUUCUGCUGGACGCGACAUCAGGUUAAAAGUCGACGGAAAAGGAAAGAUACCUCUUCUGCUAGCUGUCGAGGCUGGCAAUCAGUCAAUGUGCCGAGAACUUUUAGCACAGCAAGCACCCGAUCAGCUUCGUGCUACUACGCCAGCCGGCGAUUCUGCCCUGCAUUUAGCUGCUAGGAGAAGAGACAUCGACAUGGUGCGGAUUCUGGUGGAUUAUGGCGCGGCCGUCGACAUGCAAAAUGGCGAUGGGCAAACUGCAUUACACAUAGCGAGCGCCGAAGGUGACGAAACCUUAGUAAAAUAUUUUUACGGUGUCAGAGCCUCCGCCUCGAUCACCGAUCAUCAAGAUCGAACGCCAAUGCAUUUGGCUGCAGAGAACGGCCACGCUUCCGUCAUCGAGCUGCUGGCCGAUAAAUUUAAAGCAAGUAUCUUCGAAAGGACGAAAGACGGCUCCACUUUGAUGCACAUAGCAUCGCUCAACGGUCACUCGGAAUGUGCUACUAUGCUCUUUAAGAAGGGCGUGUAUCUGCACAUGCCAAAUAAACGUGGUGCCAGAUCUAUUCAUACAGCUGCAGGAUACGGACAUGUGGGUAUUAUCAGCACUCUGCUGCAACGAGGAGAAAAGGUGGACGCGAUAACUAACGAUAACUAUACGGCACUCCAUAUAGCCGUAGAAAGUGCCAAACCGGCUGUCGUGGAAACUCUUCUAGGAUAUGGCGCAGAGGUACACGUGAGAGGUGGAAAACUUCGGGAAACUCCACUUCACAUAGCUGCCAGAGUGCCCGAUGGCGACAGAUGCGCUCUGAUGUUAUUGAAAUCUGGAGCAGGUCCCAAUUUGACAACUGAUGAUGGCCAAACACCUGUGCACGUGGCAGCCAGCCAUGGGAAUUUAGUGACACUUCUUUUGCUCCUCGACGAUGGUGGAGAUCCGAUGUUUAAAUCAAAAAAUGGAGAGACACCCUUGCAUUUAGCCUGUAGGGGUUGCAGGGCUGAUGUGGUCAAACACUUGAUAGAAUUCGUGAAGGAAAAGAAGGGUCCAGAAGUGGCGACCGCCUAUGUGAACAGUCUGACUAACGAAGGUGCCAGUGCGCUCCAUUAUGCUGCCCAAAUCGAACCCUCGGAAGUCGUCACUCCCGGCGAUGAUCGCGCCGUGGUCCGCGCUCUUCUUGACAGUGGCGCGGACGUUUCUCUGCAAACCAGACAGGCCCAGGAAUCGGCGUUCCAUCAUUGCGCGCUCGCGGGCAAUAACGAGGUUCUGUCGGAGAUGAUCAGUCGCAUGCCAGCUACGGAGGUGCAAAAAGCCUUGAAUCGGCAAAGCGCCGUGGGUUGGACGCCGUUGUUAAUCGCAGCUCAUCGAGGUCACAUGGAACUGGUGACCACGCUUCUCGCCAAUCACGGCAGGGUGGAUGUGUUCGAUCUCGAGGGUAGAUCCGCUCUUCAUCUAGCGGCUGAGCACGGCUACCUUCAAGUCUGCGACGCGUUGCUGGCGAACAAGGCCUUUAUAAACUCCAAGUCGCGCGUCGGAAGGACUGCUCUGCAUCUAGCAGCCAUGAAUGGUUACACGCAUUUGGUACGCUUCCUCGUGCAGGAUCACGGCGCUGCGAUAGACGUGCUUACCUUGAGGAAGCAGACUCCUCUUCAUCUGGCAGCGGGAGCGGGUCAGUUAGAGGUCUGUAAACUACUUCUAGAACUUGGUGCCAGUAUAGACGCCACGGACGACCAGGGGCAAAAACCAAUUCACGCUGCGGCUAUGAACAAUUACGCCGAAGUGGCGCAGCUCUUUCUGCAGAGGCACGCUAGUCUCGUGAUGGCCUGCACCAAGGAUGGCAAUACUUGCGCUCACAUCGCUGCCAUGCAAGGCAGCGUCCGGGUGAUCGAAGAACUGAUGAAGUUCGAUAGGCAGGGUGUGAUAUCUGCUAGGAAUAAACUGACCGAAGCGACUCCUCUGCAACUGGCAGCGGAAGGUGGACACGCUGAAGUCGUGAAGGCUCUAGUUAGGGCCGGCGCAUCCUGCGCUGACGAGAAUCGCGCGGGUUUCACUGCUGUUCACCUGGCGGCUCAACACGGCCACGGUCAGGUACUUGAAGUUAUGAGGUCGACGCAAUCUCUUAGAAUAUCCAGCAAAAAGCUCGGCGUUACCGCACUUCACGUUGCUGCUUACUUUGGACAAGCCGAUACGGUUAGAGAACUGCUCACUCAUAUACCUGGAACUGUGAAAUCCGAUCCACCGACCGGAGGAUCUUUAGUAGGAGAAUUAGGGGCUGAAUCCGGCAUGACUCCUCUUCAUUUGGCUGCCUAUUCUGGAAACGAGAACGUCGUACGACUUCUUCUCAAUUCUGCGGGGGUUCAGGUAGACGCAGCGACAACAGAAAACGGUUGGAACCCUUUGCAUCUGGCUUGUUUCGGUGGUCACAUAACCGUCGUGGGUCUGCUGUUGAGCAGAUCAGCGGAAUUAUUGCAUAGCUCGGAUCGUUACGGCAAGACCGGGUUGCACAUCGCGGCAACUCACGGGCAUUAUCAGAUGGUAGAGGUUCUUUUGGGUCAGGGAGCGGAAAUAAACGCGACUGAUAAGAACGGUUGGACACCGCUGCAUUGUGCGGCACGCGCCGGCCAUUUGGACGUCGUGAAGCUGCUUGUGGAAAGUGGUGGGUCUCCAAAAACCGAGACGAAUCUCGGCUGCGCACCGAUCUGGUUCGCCGCUUCCGAGGGUCACAACGAUGUGUUGAAAUACCUUAUGGAGAAGGAGCACGAUACGUAUGCUCUGAUGGAUGAUAGGAGGUUCGUCUACAAUAUGAUGGUCUGCAGCAAAAGCCAUAACAACAAACCGAUAGAAGAAUUCGUUUUGGUGUCACCCGCGCCAGUCGACACUGCGGCGAAAUUAUCCAACAUCUACAUAAAGCUCUCUGAAAAAGAAAAAGAGCGUGCUAAGGAUUUAAUUGCGGCCGGGAAACAGUGCGAAGCAAUGGCCACCGAAUUGCUGGCUUUAGCGGCGGGCGCCGACUCGGCCGGCAGGAUCUUGACGUCGAUGGAUCGCAGGAAUGUCGAGUUCUUGGACGUGUUGAUUGAGAAUGAACAGAAAGAGGUGAUCGCGCACACCGUGGUGCAGCGUUACCUCCAAGAGCUAUGGCAAGGUAGCCUAAAUUGGAACGCGUUCAGAACGAUCCUGCUGUUCAUUGCCUUCAUCGUGUGCCCGCCGGUCUGGGUGGUGUUCGCCCUUCCGCUCGGCCACAAGUACAAUAACGUACCCAUCAUCAAGUUCAUGUCGUAUCUCACGUCGCACAUCUACCUGAUGGUCUUUCUAUUGCUGGUCGGCAUCACACCGGUCUAUCCAGUGGUGAACAGAAUCAACCUGAUACCGUAUUGGUACGAGUGGUGCCUGCUGGUGAUGCUAUCAGGACUAUUGCUAUUCGAACUGACGAAUCCCAGUGACAAGAGCGGCCUUGGCUGGAUCAAGCUGGCGGUGCUGCUCUUCGGCAUAUUCGGCGUUGCGUUUCACCUAAUGGGAUUCGUAAUUGUCGAAAGACAAUACUGGCCGACUCUCCUCUACCUGAGAAACCAGCUUUUUGCUCUCAGUUUCCUUUUAGCUUGCGUGCAGAUCCUGGACUUUCUGUCGUUUCACCAUCUGUUUGGACCAUGGGCCAUCAUCAUCGGUAAUCUUAUGAAGGAUCUCGCGAGGUUCCUCGCGGUGCUAGCGAUCUUCGUCUUCGGUUUCUCCAUGCACUUCGUCGCGCUUAAUCAGGCGUUCAAGAACUACAAAACGUCACAAGAGGCGCUCGCUGAGGCCAGAAAACAUAGGGACGCAUUUUCCGACGUUAGGAUGAAUCCCAUACUCGCAGUCGAGUUGUUGUUCUUCGCCAUCUUCGGUCAGACGACACACGGAGAAUUCAAGGUAGAACCGACGCAGCCCAAAUGGACUACCGCCCUCUUCAAGAUCGCCUUCGGCAUUUACAUGUUGGUGUCGGUGGUGGUGCUUAUUAAUCUCCUGAUCGCUAUGAUGAGCGAUACCUACCAGCGAAUACAAGCACAGUCGGACAUCGAGUGGAAAUACGGAUUGAGCAAGCUCGUUCGAAAUAUGCAUAGGACCACUACGGCACCAUCUCCGCUGAACCUCCUGUCCACGUGGAUCACGUAUUUCGUCAAACUUUGCAAGAAACGCCUGACCAAAAAGAAAGAACGACCUUCUCUGAUGCACCUGAUGGGUCCCCGCAUGUCCCCUCGCUCCAAGAUGGGAGCUAAAUGGCUGUCUAAGAUAAAGAAGACUUCACAAGUGGGACACAAGGAUAGCGUCGCUUUAUCAGUAGCUCACCUGAGUCCUCUCGGCAGUCAAUUGUCCUUCCGCAAUAUCGUCAAGAUCGACAACGUGGUCGACUGGGAAGUUGUCAGGCGCAAAUACAGAGAUCUUUACGGCGAGAAGAUCGAGGAGAAACUGGUCGAAGAGAACAAGGAGUCGACAGAUAAUCCAUUGGCGAUUUUGGAAGGCCCGCCGGAUACUGCCGAAAAAUCGAGGCUUGGGCUUGGAGCUUGAACGAGGAGGAAAUGUUGAAGACAACCAUCGACAAUACAUUAUAUAACUCUCAUGGAAGAGAGAGAAAGAGAGAGAAAAAAAAGAGAGAUCAAAGCUCUUCCUAUUUUCGCAGAUUCACCGCAUUUAAUGCGCUCGGUUGCGUUUAUUUGUACAUACAUCGCCGCGAGGCGUAUACGGAGGACCUUAUCAGUAUUUUCGAAAUAAACGUCUAAGCUCGACUUUGUAUCGCCUGUACAGUUAUUGUUAGCUAGCAAACCUAUGCUCCUUGUGAUCCAUAGUCUAAUUGAUUACUAUAUAACACAUUUUAGAGACUACCAUGGGGAAUACCCGUAUGCAUAGGAAUCGUUCCACGUCACGUUUGACGGUUAGUCAUCAACAUUAUUUAAUUAUCAAAUUCUCUUUCCACCUAGAAUGUUUUUGAUUAUAUGUAUAAUAUAUCUAUAUAUACCUUAUACAUUAUAUCAAUAGAGCGUAAUUGCGUAAUGGCUCUGUUGCAACGAUGCACGCACCGAUCAUUAUGCCUGCAUCAUGUUGCUCAUGAUAUUUUCGUGUAAUAUAUCGUCGCGCCCGAUACACAUAUUUGUAGGAUCUAUGUAAUAUCGCCAUAUUAGAAUUCGAAGCUCACAUCAUCAUUAUACAUAUU